CGUUGCAGUGGUAUAUAUAUAUACGUCGUCGCGCCUGCCGCAGGACGCCGUGCACAUCUCCUUGCUCUCGCACAGCGCGGUAUUGCGGUCUUCGCGUACGACAAGCGGGGAUUUGGGAGAACGGCGCUAGACCGGGAACAUCGUAGCCCAGGCGCAUCGUAUGGCAAGACAAACCAUGAACUUGAGUUGUCGGAUGUCGAGCACUGGUUGGAGUAUCUGGCUCAGCGGCAUCCUGGCGUGCCUUUGUUCCUUACAGGCUAUUCGGCGACGCGUCGACACAUUGGUUUUUCUUCACGUCUGGACAUUAUGCUUACAACACCCUCGUAUCAGAGCGGAAGUCUGGUAUUCAGUUUCGCAACACGCCGGCGGGCACCGCCGAAGGUUGAGACAGUAGCAAAACUAUCUGGCGUUAUAUGCUGUUCGCCUCAUAUCUACCUGACUUAUCCCAACCCGAAGGCAAACUGGAUAAAAUUUCUGGCGAAGCCCUUGUGCGCCCUUGUGCCGAACAUGAAACUUGCUGCACCGAUGCCUGAAGGCCUGAAGCUGAAGAGGUGA